AUGUAUGUAGGUACUAAAUGUUCUUCAUUUUGUGGCAAGCAAGGACACUGUGCAAUGUCUCGCUGCUUCCCAUUUCCACCACCAGGAUAUGACAGAAAGCAAAGACCAGAAGACUUAGAGAUACUGAAAGAGGAGAAGCGCAAAGAGAAAAAACACAAAAAGGAAAAGAAGGACAGAGAAAGAAAAGAAGGUAAAGAGAAAAAGGAGAAAGACAGAAGUGAUGAUAAACCCAGAGUAAAGAAAGAUCGAAAAGGAAAACACAAGGACAAGAACGACAAGGAGAAGGGCAGGGGCAAAGAGAAAAGCAGCAUAUCAGAGGAGGCAACAGUUGGUGGGAAACUUGAGGUAAACAAUGGAGAGAAAUUUCCUACAAAAGGAGGGCAUAACAAAGACACGAACAUUUUUGUGGAUGAAACAAAACAGGCUACCCAGUUUCAGGGUCAAAAUGGGGGGAAAUAUUUUCAUAACAGUUUGCACUCCCGGGGAAUUGAGGAAUCAAAGUGUUUGCAGGAGUUGGACAGGAGAAUUAGAAAUGACGAGAAGGCUUCAGGAAGCCAGUUGCUUGAUAGAGUUUCUGGUGCUGACAAAAGGGAUCAAGAUACAGCCGUCAGUGUUGCUUUCAGAGAUUCUUCAGGUGUAUUGGCAGAAGACAAUGGAAAGCUCAAAGAUAAGAGAGUUGAUAAUAGACAAAUGGGUGUACAAGGAUUUAGCAAUGAGUUUAGUGGAAAUGCAAUGGGCCAGAAUGUUGCUGGCAUUGCCAAGAGAAAAGUUGAAGAGAUGCCCAGACCGGCUGAGGAACAAAAUAAUAAGAUCUUGCCAAGUAAAGAGAAAUCUAAGGAAAAAGGUGACAAUAAUGGGGAUGACAAACCGAAGGAUAGAGGUAGAGAUAAAAAAAGACAUAAAAUUGACAAAGAAAAGGAAAGGGAGAAGAAAAAGGAGAAAACUAAGGGCAAAAGUCAAACUGAGGAAACCUCGCAGGUCAGAUCCAAAGAUGUUGGCAGGAAUGAGGUUGGCGGUGAUACCAGUUAUAAAAGGACACAUAUGUUGGAGGGCAUCGACAGUUCUGCUGUUAGUGAGGGAAAUUCGAGGAAAAGGAAAGACUUGGAUUCCAACGGUUUUCUUCAUGAUAGUGAAGUCAGGCAUAAUAAAUUGCAGAGGCUCACUUCUCAUCAAUUGACAGAGAAUGGAAGGAAAAUCGAAUCAGCCCGAGUUCACUGUAUAUCUGCCUUGGAUAAGCAGGGGUUUCCAAUAAAUUUUUCAUUGGAUAACAAGGACUCAAAGGUGAAUGGUAUAAUUGAAGGCCAGAAACUGUCAACUAAACCUAAGCCUUCUGCUGUAAGUAUGUUUAGUGAUCAAAUUAUCUUAGCGUCAAAGAAAUCUCCCCUUCCUGAUUCCAAGCAUAUUAAUGGAGUACCGAACGAAUCCAUGAUGGAGGAUCAAACUGCUAAAGCAUCAAAUAGACCUCCUCAUCCAGAUACCAAGUAUCUGAGUGAGAUACUAUCGGUGCCCAAGAUGGAGUGGCCCAAUGUUGAUGACCAGGAAUGGUUGUUUACCCAGAAAGAGCCUUCAUCAAAUAGCAAGGUGAGCUCGGCUGCGGUCAAUGAAGAGCUGCAUGUAUGGUCUGAAGCUGUGCAUAUAGAAUCAGCUGAUAUUUAUGCCCUGCCAUAUGUUGUUCCCUACUGA